CUUAUGUACAUGCCACUGGAUUCUUUGCAAAUAAUUUCGUUAAGAGUUUUUUCUUCUGAAGCAAAGAGUAAUUGGCGUCUCUCUUCGCCUCCUCCAGGUGACUCAGACGGCGCCGCCAAGUUCCUGAGCCACGUUCCCUACGACGAGACCUACGACCGCGAUGAGCUGGACCCCGACAUGCCCGACUUCGACGCCGACGUAAAGAUUCCGGGGCGUCACUACCCCAAGCUGCCCUACGGACACCCGUUCCACGCCCACAAUGCGGGGGGCGCCUCUCACCACGCCCAGUCCUACCAACCCGGACACGCGGGCGGCUCUCAGCAGGCCCGCGGCCAGACGGGGCACUGGUUGGGCCAAGGCUACUACCCCGACCAGAGGCCCGCCAGCCCAAGGCACGACCAGGGGUUCCAGUCCGAUCACGGCGACGACCAGGACUACUACCAGAACAAUCAGUUGUACGACCAGACCCAUCGCAAUGGCGGCGCGGGGUACGGCCAAGGGACGGGUGGCGGAGGCUGGCGGAAAGACGAGGACGAAGAUGAUUACAACGACUUCGACGACGACCACGACCCAGAGGAAGAAAGCCAAGUGUCAGCCACGCAAAUGCCGACAGGCCCGCACUUCGACAGAUCGCUCCCUCGCAGCAUCACGGUGCAGGCGGGGAAGACGGCGAGGCUUGUGUGUCGCGUCUUCGACAUCGGAGAGACAUCGGUGUCGUGGAUCCGGGUGGGAGACCUGCACAUCCUGUCGGUCGGGAAGUACAAGUACAGCACGGACAGCCGCCUCUCCGUGAUCUUCAACGAGCCCGAGCAGGAGUGGGUGCUGCAGAUCGCGGGCGUGACGGAGAGUGACGCGGGGAUGUACGAGUGCCAGAUCUCGACGAAGCCGGUCCUCAGCUUCAUGGUCAGCAUGGAGGUCGUAGCUGAGGCCUUCACCACGACGCCUUUCCCAAAGCUGAGCGACGUGGAGGAGCCGCAGGUGAAGCAGUCGCAGACGGAGCAAUCAGUGCCCAGUGCGACCAUCGUGAACGGACCGGAGAUCUUCGUGCACCGGGGAUCCCUCAUCAACCUCACGUGCAUCGUCGACCACACCACCGAGCGCCCUCUCUACAUCGUAUGGUACCACUACAACAAGAUCGUCGACUACGUGGGCAUGGGGGGCGUGGUCGUGGUGACGCAGUCGGGCCCCAACACCAUCAGCCACCUGCUCGUGAGGGACGCCGGGGAGUCGGACUCCGGGAAGUACACCUGCAAGCCCUCCAACGGCGAGGAGGCGUCCGUCACGCUGCACGUGCUCAACGGCGAGCACCGGGCGGCCAUGCAGACCAACACCAGCACGAGGAUCAUGACGUCCCUCGCCAGCCUGUUCGCGGCGGCCUCUCUCGCCGUCGCCGCCGUCGCCGUGGCCUGCGCCUGCUAGAGCCCCGCCGCCUUCGAGUGAGAGAGAGAACAGGGAGAAGAACAAAUGAUAAAGGACUUCUUUGUGUCUGACUUGUCACUGCGCAGGAACAUAUUUUGAACAUGACGUACUGGUUCUUGUCUUUUGCCCCUCGCUCCACCGAAGCGAGUCCGUAGGUGUCAAGAUAGAUGUAUAUUCUGUUGUUAAUCGGUGGAUGCACAGAAAGUGUAUUAGCAUUUUCCUUCAUUGGUGCUACAGAUCAAGUAUUUUGGUCCUUUUUUCAUUUUUGCAUACUCGAGGACAGAUUUCCCCUUGCAAGAUGCAGGGAAUGUAUCUGAUUUUUGUUGUUUUUUGGAACAAAGUGCCACAAGUUGCUGGACACGAGGAAGUGCCAGCUAAAGUGCUGCCACGAGUGCAUAGUGUUUGGCCUCUUGGUUAUUCAGUAUUCUAAAAAGUUAUAUCAAAAACAAAAAAA